AUGAGGGCUGCUUCUGUUGUCUUGGCUGCCGCCUCCGCCCUUGGAGUGCAAGCUUUUAAUUGCUCCAGCGCUGCACUGCAGAGUGCCCUUCCCUCCAAUGCGACUGUCCUCUCCGCGGUCCCUGUCGCUGGCAAUGGCACUUACGGUCAGGGAGCUGCAGAUCCUGCUUACCCGACAAACCCCACGAACUUGCCGGCUCUCUGCGCCGUCUACGUGAACGUGACGUCGUCGAGCAGUUCGUCAUUCAGGUUCGGACUGUUCCUUCCCACCGAAUGGAAUGAGCGCUUCCUAGCAGUGGGCAAUGGAGGCUUCGCUGGUGGUGUCAACUGGUUGGAUAUGGGCGCUGGUGUCGGCUACGGUUUCGCCGUUGUCUCCACGGACACCGGCCACAAUUCCACGUCCGGAGAGCUUGAAUGGGCGCUUGACGCCCCUGAAGUGCUCGACGACUGGGGCUACCGCGCCAUGCACGGCUCAGUUGAGCUUGGCAAGAAGCUGGCCACAGCUUACUACAGCUCCGAAAUCAAGUACUCGUACUACACCGGCUGCUCGACCGGCGGCCGCCAAGGCAUCCGCGACAUCCAGCUCUACCCAGAAGACUUCGAUGGUGUGCUCGCCGGUGCGCCGGCUUGGUGGACGACGCACAUGCAGACGUGGACGGCCAAGAUGGGCACCUUCAACCUGCCGCUCAACGGCAGCCACCGCAUCGAUCCCGCCCUCUUCCCCGUCAUCGAGGCCGAGGUCGUCAAGCAGUGCGACCCGCAGGACGGCCUGGCCGACAACAUCGUGUCGGACCCGCUCGCCUGCAACUUCAACGCCGACGCGCUGCUCUGCACACCGACGUCCAACAGCAGCGCCUGCCUGACGCCCGCACAGCUCGACACGCUCUCCAAGAUCUACGGCGCCUACAUCGACACCAAUGACACCUUCGUCUUCCCGGGCCUCGCGCUGAGCUCCGAGUCGCAGUGGCAGGUGCUGCUGGGCACCCCCACCGGCGAGCCGCUGUCGUACGGCAUCGACUACGUGCGCUACUUCCUGUCGCAGCCCGACUUCCGCUGGGAGGACUUCACCUACGCCGUCGUCGAGCGUGCCGACGAGCUCGACCCGGGCAACGCCACCGCCGACGCCUUCGCCGCCAUGGCCGACUACCGCGCCCGCGGCGGCAAGCUGCUGCACUACCACGGCUGGUCCGACGGCCUCAUCGCCACCGGCAGCAGUCUGCACUUCUACCAGCAGGUCGCCCGCGCCCUGCUGCCCAUGGGCAUCCCGCUCGACGACUGGUACCGCUUCUUCCUCGUGCCCGGCAUGCAGCACUGCUCGGCCACGCCGUCUGGCGUCGAUGCGCCGUGGUAUUUUGCCGGUGGCAACCAGGCUGGCGAUUUUGGCACCGGCGUGCAUGGUGUGCCGGGAUUCGAGGAUGGGAAGCACGAUGCGCUGCUGGCGCUGAUGGAUUGGGUCGAGAAUGGGACGGUUGUCGAUGAGAUCAUAGCGACCAAGUUUGUAGAUGAGGAUGUGACCAAGGGUGUUGAGAGGCAGCGCCCGUUGUGCAUGUAUCCGAAGCAGGCUGUGUACAAGGGUGAGGGCGAUGUGGACGCGGCAGAAAGCUGGGAGUGCAAGUCGCUCUACUGA